GAAAGAAUGAUAAAAUGGUGCAUUCGUCGAUCAAACCGGGCCACACAUCGAAAAAUUAAAUUAUCAGCCACCAUUUUGUUUAUUUUUGCGAAAAUAGAUCUGUGCCCGAGUACAUUAGUGAUUUUUUGUAGUUCGUCGCUAUACGGAAACGUGAUCAAGAUUUUCUAGCCGUGAAUAAAAGAUCAGGAAUGUGCUAUUAGCGUACCCAUCUACUAUUUGGCCCUUGUGAUAAAAUUUGCAGACAUCGGCCGCGCCGCUAGUAAACACUCUUUGAAAAUUAACACCUCAUCUUCAAAGAAAAUCAAAGUAGCGAGCACACAAAGUAUCCAUGUCGAUGAAAAGAAUUCGCUGAAGAUCUUUCAACGAUUUUUUACCAAGUCCAAAGGGAGCGAUCCCCUGGCGUUAAAGGAAAUAUCGAAGAGUAGCGGGCGAGAGUCCUCGGUGGCGCGUCCGGCGAACAUGAACCACACGCCCGCCGCGGAGAGGCCGCCACACGACGCCAAUGUGACCCAGGUCGAGGAGAUGGAGACACAGGACGUGGAGACCAUAGACACAGCUACAGAGAAGACCUGGGACGAGGACCUGCUCAUGAAGGGCUCCAAUGGGGAGGUUGUGAUGGCCGAACCCGUCAAGAGUCUGGAAACAACUGCCACCGCCAUGCCUCAGGACGCGGAGAUGGAGGACGACGAGGCGCGCUCCGAAGCCACGUUCCGCUUCACGGUGCACAACUUCAGGAAUCUCAAAGACUCCGUGCUGUCUCCGCCCUGCUACGUGCGCAACUUGCCGUGGAAGAUCAUGGUGAUGCCGCGCCAGGCGCCCUCGCCCGACCGGCAGCAGCAGCAGAAGAGUCUCGGCUUCUUCCUGCAGUGCAACGGCGAGUCUGAGUCGUCGAGCUGGUCGUGCUACGCCAUGGCCGAGCUAAGGCUGCUGUCGCACAAGCCCGACACCGAGACCUUUUAUAGGAAGAUUCAGCAUUUGUUCUACAGCAAGGAGAACGACUGGGGCUUCUCCCACUUCAUGGCGUGGAACGACGUGCUGGACCCGGACAAGGGCUACACGAAGGACGACGCCAUCACGCUGGAGGUGCACGUCACGGCCGAGGCGCCGCACGGCGUCUCGUGGGACUCCAAGAAGCACACCGGAUAUGUCGGUCUGAAAAAUCAAGGAGCGACCUGUUAUAUGAAUUCGUUGUUGCAAACUCUUUAUUUCACAAAUCAAUUGAGGAAGGCCGUCUACAAGAUGCCCACAGAAUCUGAUGAUAGCACAAGGUCGGUGGCGCUGGCGCUGCAGCGGGUGUUCUACGAGCUGCAGUUCUCGGACAAGCCGGUGGGCACCAAGAAGCUGACCAAGAGCUUCGGCUGGGAGACGCUCGACUCCUUCAUGCAACACGACGUACAGGAGUUCUUGAGGGUGCUACUAGACAAGCUGGAGAGCAAGAUGAAGGGCACGUGCGUGGAGGGCACCGUGCCGCGGCUGUUCGAGGGCAAGAUGACGUCCUACAUCAAGUGCAAGAACGUGAACGUGUCCAGCACGCGCGUCGAGACCUUCUACGACAUACAGCUUAACAUCAAGGGGAAGAAGAACAUCGACGAGUCCUUCAAAGACUACAUCAACACUGAAACCCUCGACGGGGAGAACAAGUACGACGCGGGCGAGCACGGGCUGCAGGAGGCGGAGAAGGGCGUGAUCUUCGCGACCUUCCCGCCCGUGCUGCACCUGCACCUCAUGAGGUUCCAGUACGACCCCAUCAACGACAGCAGCGUCAAGUUUAAUGAUAGGUUCGAAUUCUACGAGCACAUAAACCUGGACGCGUACCUUCAGGAGAAGCCGGAAGUGCCCGCGGACUACACGCUCCACGCGGUCCUAGUUCACUCGGGGGACAACCACGGCGGACACUAUGUCGUGUUCAUCAACCCCCGGGGCGACGGGAAGUGGUGCAAGUUCGACGACGACGUGGUGUCGCGCUGCACGAAGCAGGAGGCCAUCGAGUACAACUACGGCGGCCACGACGAGGACAUGGCGCUCACAGUGCGCCACUGCACCAACGCGUACAUGCUGGUGUAUAUCAGAGACGCGGAAAUGAAGACGGUGCUGCAGGAGGUGACGCAGCUGGACAUCCCCACGGAGCUCAGCGAGCGCCUCGCCGAGGAGAAGAGGAUCGAGACCAUCCGGCGCAAAGAGCGCAACGAAGCUCACCUCUACAUGACGGUGAACGUGGUACUAGAAGAGGCGUUCGACGGGCACCAGGGCAAUGACCUCUACGACCCCGAGCGCGCGCACUACCGCGUGUUCCGAGUGAGGAAACAAGCGACGGUCGCCGAGCUCAUGGACAUGCUGGCCGAGAACUUCAGAUACCCGCUCAAGCACCUCCGGCCUUGGCCUUUCAGCGCGCGCUCUAAUCAGACAUGCCGGCCCACAUGCCUCGACAUCCUGAACGACCAGCUCAAAACCGUCGCGGACGUCUCCGAGAGCACCAACCCGUGGAACAUAUUCCUGGAGAUGCUGCCCCCGGACUCUGGUCUAGCCGCUCUACCCACCUUCGACAAGGAGAACGAUGUGGUGCUGUUCUUCAAGUACUACGAUCCGAAGAAUAAGCGGAUCCACUACUGCGGCCAUCAUUAUCUGCCGAUCGCGAGCAAGCUGGCCGAUCUGAUUCCGAUACUGAAUAAGCGUGUUGGAUUCCCACCUGAUACCCCGCUUGUGCUAUACGAAGAGAUCAAACCGGACUUUGUGGAGAAGAUUAGCAACUACAACGAUCCUCUAGAAAAGGUACUGGACGAGCUGAUGGACGGCGACAUCAUCGUGUUCGAGCGAGCGGACCAGCGCCACGACGAGCUCGAGCUGCCCACGUGCCAGGACUACUUCAAGUACAUCUUCUAUAAGGUGGAGGUGCACUUUGUGGACAAGAGCGUGCCUAAUGAUCCCGGAUUCACAAUGGAACUGUCGAUGCAGAUGCGGUACGACCAGAUGGCGCGCGCGGUGGGGCAGCGGCUCAACGUCGACCCGUACUUAAUACAGUUCUUCAAGUGUCAAAAUUACAAGGACAGUCCCGGCCUGCCUUUAAGAUACUCUUAUGAUGGAAUACUUAAGGACUUAUUAGUGUACUGUAAACCAAAAUGCUCUAAGAAAUUGUUCUACCAGAUUUUAUCUAUUAAAAUUAAUGAAUUGGACAACAAAAAACAGUUCAAGUGCUUAUGGGUUGGACCAAAUUAUAAGGAAGAUAAAGAAUUAAUUUUAUAUCCAAAUAAAGGUGGCAAAGUAGCAGAUAUAUUAGAAGAAGCGGCAAAGGUUGUUGAAAUGUCCCCAGAAGGAUCUGGCAGGUUAAGAAUAGUGGAGGUGUCGUGUCACAAGGUGCUGCCGGGGCCGGAGCUGGAGCUGACGCUGGACCAGGUGAUCAUGUCGCCGCCGCGCCUCUACCGCAUCGAGGAGAUACCCAGGGACGAGCUGCAUCUGCAGGAGGACGAGAUGCUGGUCCCGUGCGCGCACUUCCACAAGCAGGUGUACGCGACGUUCGGCAUCCCGUUCUACGCGCGCGUGAAGCAGCACGAGCCCUUCCAGGCAGUCAAGGACCGCCUGCAGAAGAAGCUCGACAUACCCGACAAGGAGUGGGAAAAGUACAAUUUCGCUAUAGUGACAAAUGGCAGACCUAACUAUAUUAGUGAAGGAGCGACAGUAAAUAUUUACGAAUUUAGGCCAAGUAGUAACGCAAAUUUGCCCGUUUCAGACGCGACGGGGCGGCCGUGGCUCGGCCUGGAACACCUCAACAAGACGCCCAAGCGCUCGCGCGUCAACUACCUAGAGAAGGCCAUCAAGAUAUACAACUGAGCUCAGCGCCCGCCACGCCACCCUACGCUACGGCAGUAAACUGACAUAUCAUCGCCAGUACAGGGCUUGCGGACACGACCAAGCCCCGGCUAAACUCGCCUUACAUGAAUUUAAUAUUCUAAAAUCAUAAGCAAUAUCUCAGGUGAUCCGACAUCCAGUGAUACAAGUGGUAGAGAGACCAUGUUAUAAUGAUGUUGAAGUUUACCACUGACAUGUCAUGUUACUACCGUGUGGACACGCCUUCAAGUAACCUACGCUAUUUAAUGUAAUACAAGUCCAGCCGUGCCCGAGUUCCUGGGCCCGGCUGGCACUCGCAACACCAUGUAUCUACUCUUGUUUUGUCUACUAGAUAAGUCUUUCAAUGUUGGUUACGUUACUGCGUUUUUAUAGUCCUAUAGUAUUUCAGUGUCGAAAGUCGUACUGUGGCCUCUUAAUAUUUAGGAAAUCCAAUUUUUAAAUUGCUGUCUUUAAUUUAACUUAUUGUCACGUCUAGUUGAUUGAAAUCUGACUGAAAUGCGGACGACGCAGGCGUUGUGUUGUCGCGGUCUUCGUAAAGGACUUGUUUUAAUCAAUUAGACAUUUUUUUGGUGAUUCGGCAAGGUUAAGCAUAAAUCAAAGGAUACGGUAUAUUGUUUACACUCUAUUUUCUAAUUGUAAUAUGAAGAAAUAUACGAAAGUUUUAACGCUAUUUUAUAUGUAAUCAAAUUUGCCUGUUAGUGGUGCCUCAUUGCUCCUACACGCGUGUUGUUUGUUAGUGAAUGUGUGUUUGUGUAGUGCUCAGGUGAGCUUUGUGUUACAAGGCUUACGUUAUUGUUCAAUAUGUAUUUUAUAUCGACUGAAAUUGCGACUGACACUAUUUUAUAAUGGCCCGGGAGCCACGGCAAUAGUGUACAAAUGAAGUGGCUUUGAAAAAUAUAAUAAUGUAAUGUUUUCAAUGAGUAACCAUCUGUAAAUUAAUGUUUUUACGUAUAACACGCACGACCCUAAUGAAUGACAAUAGAAGUAUAUUUUUUUAUCAUUAACUUGCAUUUUGGUGUGGUAAGAGCAAGCGCAUUGCGGUAUAUUUUAAUUUGGCAAAUAAAUGUAUAGUUGUUAGUUUGCUUCAUUUGUUGGUUAGUUGUACAACGUAAUCGCUGAAUUUGAUAGUAUUGUGAUAAACUAAUAUAUGGAGCCUUGUACAUAGCGGCGAAGGCUGCGAGUAGAGCGCGGGUCGGCUUGAACUAGCAAUACACCGGUCACUAUCAUUUUAUGUAAAUUUCUGAGUGUUGUAUGCGAAUUUUUUGAAUUUAGUAUAUCGUGUAUAGUGUUUUAAUUGUUGUCGAAUUGCCAAAAAGGUAGUGUACGUUUGAGCGGCCGCGCCGGCUGCGAGCGCGCACUAGUAUAACUGCACAUAAUGUAACACUAACAAGCACCCUAUUUGUUAUCUCCGGCUAAGAGCUCUCGCAACACCCUCCCCUACAUUAUACAUACAAACAUACAUACGUUACUAUUUAAUUUUUUACUUGACCUGCCAGAGAAAAUGUUACGUUAUUAAUAAAAUUAUUAUGUCGAAAUUAUGUAUAUAUAUGAUGUAAUAAAUUUAAGAAAAAUACAAUAAGUUUUCGUAAAGAUGCCUUAGAUUUCUAGUUAUCUGAACCGGUUAUAUUUAAAUGUCCUUUAGUUUUUUUUAAGUUGCGUUGUGCGGCUCUCUGCGAGUCGACUGUUCUAACUUGUAUUCGUUAUGUCACGCUGAUAUCAUAACAUUGUGUGAUGGUUGCGCUGUUAACACCAAUAUCAAUUAUGAGGUAUUUUCAGAGAAAGCAUAGUGAAAUAGUUGCUUAGAGUAAUUUUUCAAGAAAAAAAGAAAUAAUUGUGGCGAAUGGGAUUAUAAUCUAAUUAGUUCAUUCAUCUUAUGAAGAAAUACCUUAUUAACUUAAAUCUUUACCCAGUGUCGAGGGAAUAUACACAGUUUGUCGAACGAGGACUAUGUUGGUGACCCAUGUUGUGUUGGAUUUGAAUGUUUCACUGAAUAUAAUCCUAUAUUUGUUUA